GCAAAACCUAACAAUACCACCGGUUGUAAAGGUGUUAAGUAAAGAUGACAGUUUCUGACCACGAACUCGAGGCGUCUAUUCUCAAAAUAAAGGAUCUCUUGAAUGCAGACCCAUCCAAGCAAAACUUGGCCGAUGCAAUUGACCUUUUAAACCUGCUCCUCCAGUCAAUGAUGCCCUCAAUCCAGGCACAACGUACACCAAUGACCAUGGCUCCGUUUUCUGCAAACUCAUCAAGUAGCAAGUUGGUUCGAUUUGUCAAGCUCCAAGACAACUUCCGCUUCAGCUUGGUCUUGAGUAUUGACAGGUACCUUGACUGGAUAUAUGAUAACAUUAGCACUGUUGAUAGUGCAUCAAUUGUGCAACUCAACAGACUUCUACAAGGACUUUUGUUGAUUCAUUCACCGUCUCGAUCGAUUUUCUCCAACACCACCGACAUGAGGAAGAUCUUGAGGUUCGUUGAGUUGGGCAGUCCAGCUGUUCCGUUUGAGGUGACCAUCUCAUUUAUCACCACCUUGCUUCAUAUUUUGAUCAAAAACCUAGACAAUUUCCGGGUAUUCGAAUCGUGCAAUGGCUGCUCUAUUCUCAUCAGUAAACUAAAGAUAUCCGAUUUGUCUGUGCCUAAAAAGUCCAUUGAAAAUAAUUCGAGCAUGAAGUCUGCCAACCAGCAGAUGCUCAACUUCAAGAUCAUUGAGUUUUUAAUUUUCUACCUCAAUGAUGAGUCAGAACUGCAAGGCUUCGAUGGGAAGAAGAAGUCCAUCAAGGAGAAAUCUAAUUAUUUUAGGAACGACUUUCCUGAUAUCGAUAAUCUUAUUGAAUCGCUCAAUGAUUUGAAGAACAUAUAAAGUUAAGUACACCUACUCAGGUGCGAAGCGUCUCAUAGAAACCGACCAAACUUCUCACUCGGUUAGUGUCAGGACCAAUGUUUACUCUGGUGCUGCUCUGAACUGCUCUUUCUGAGCGGUUACCUCCAAGAUGAAAAAUGUCCUCAAUGAAAUGAACAAAGUUGGGGUCGGGCACAAAUCUGUGGACAGAGUACUCUUCUAUUACUUCGUGGUCAAUCAUGGAACAACUUUCAGUUGGAAGAGUGCCGACUGUCAGUGCCAAGCUUAAUGUGUCGUUGUCUGUGGUUUCAAUUACGAUAGACAUUGCUUGAAACGAAAAGUUCCCAUCCAUAAUUGAUUCAUCUGCAGUGUGCAAAGAGCUUAAGACGUGUUUGGGAUGCUCAUCGUUGACACUAUUAUUAGGCUCAUCAGCCUGAGGUUCUGGUGUACUUCUUUUCGCAAGCUUCUCGGGACUUGGUUUUUCUACAGGUAUGUGCUCUUGUUUCACAGCAUGACAAGCUAAGAGACUUAGUUUUAUCUGACUCCAUAAGCUGUGUUUUCAUGACUUCACCUUCUUAUAGACAUCUUUUCUAAAAGAGCCUUUUUUUGGUUUAGUGCUUAUACUUGGAUAACACUUCAUUUCUUUGUCCUCUUGAGAAAUAGGUAUAAUUAAAUUUCUAAUAAAUAUACUGGACUUU